GUGUUUGUGUGUGUAUGAGUGUGUGUAUCUCAUGGUAUCCGCCCCCCCGCUGGUUAGACAGUCAGUCAGCAGCCAGACAGGAUGGAGUUCACGCCACUCUGCUUGAUGCUCUUGUUGGUGACUCUGAUUCAGUCUGAAGAUGUUCUAGGAGAAGUCUCUCUGAGGGUCAUUUCCGGCAGAUCUCAGUUCUUCAGCUUAGAGCUUGUCUCCCUGAGCUGUGAGGAUCAGGGGAGCUCUGCUGGAGGGAGGGUGAGGUGGAACACCACAGCAGGAAGGUCUUCAGAGUGUGGAGUAGGCUGGGGGAGGCUGAUAGGAUCCUUCUGCAUCCUCAGUUAUGUGCUCUCAUCAGACAGUGGAGUGUACUGGUGUGAGUCUGGCUCAGGAGAACACAGCCAUGCUGUCAACAUCACAGUACAUGAUGGUAAUGUAAUCCUGGAGAGUCCUGUCCUCCCUGUGAACCAGGGACAAGCUGUGACUCUAUACUGUAGAUACCGGACACCUCCCUCUGACCUCACAGCUGCCUUCUACAAGGAUGGAUCUCUGGUCAGGACUGAGGCUGCAGGAGAGAUGACCAUCCCUGUUGUGUCUCCAUCUGAUGCAGGGUUGUACAGGUGCAUCAACUCUAAGCUGGGAGGAUCUCCAGAGAGCUGGCUGGCUGUAAGAGGUGAGAUGAUAAUCACCUCUUGGUUUUUGUCAUGUUUUGAUGUAGUUACCACCCAUACAUUCCAAUCUCCAGCCCUUCCUCCACCUCCAGAUCACUCUCCACCUCCAGCUUCACCUCCAGAUCACUCUCCACCUCCAGCUUCACCUCCAGAUCACUCUCCACCUCCAGCUUCACCUCCAGAUCACUCUCCACCUCCAGCUUCACCUCCAGAUCACUCUCCACCUCCAGCUUCACCUCCAGAUCACUCUCCACCUCCAGCUUCACCUCCAGAUCACUCUCCCCCUCCAGCUUCACCUCCAGAUCACUCUCCACCUCCAGCUUCACCUCCAUCUUCACCUCCAUCUCCACCUCCACCUCCAGCCCCCCUGCUGUCUCUGUCCAGACUGCUGUGUCGUAUCCUGGUGUCUCUUCCCUACCUGGUGGUCACUGUCCUGCUGCUGGAGAUGUGCUGCAGGUCCAGAGCAACAGGUCAUGCUGAGAGGGAACUGAGGAAGGAUGAUGUCAUCGAAGAUUCACCCUGAGUCUGCAGAGCAGUACGCUGUAUGUGUGUCUACUUCCUGUUUUUAUUAAAGUUGUCAACAAAUCAUCCGCUUCGCCUGCUGACUAAAUAACCAAUAAAAACAGAGAAUGCGGA